AUGAAUGAUGAUUAUUACUCGACUAGACUUGAAACAGUUGAAAAAAUACAUUACAUGGAGAAGGAAGCUGAGCAUCAUUUGACUAUUUGUGAGAGUUACGAGAGAAUGGAGACACCUGAAGAAGUGGAGAUGAGAAGAAAGGAGUUCUUAGAAAAACAGGCAGCUUAAUAAAAAAAUAAAAAGGGUACGAAAAAACAAGCAGAGGAAGUGUUUGAUGAAAAUCCUAAGCUGACAUCUGAUGUCAGAUUAAGUGAUCUACUUUGCAGUGAUGCAUUACCUCCCAAUUCUCGUUGGAUUGCUUCAUAAUUAUAGCAGAUUAAGGACAGAGAUAUUAAGGAUUGUUUUACUCAAAAGUCACUCUCCAGCAAGAUCUAUCCAUAAAAGGAUGGAGCACCAAUUUAUAAUCCAAAUGGCAAAUAUAUAGUCAAAUUGUAUUUCAUGGGAAAAGAGAGAAAAAUAUAGGUUUCUGAUCACAUGCCCACAUCAUUUGAUGGCAAAGCAUUAUUACCCUAAAGUGUUGAUAAGAAUUAAUUAUGGCCGAUGAUUAUCAGUAAAGCAGUGUUACAAUUAUGGGAUUAUCAAAGCAAGGGCAGUUUGGUUGGAGAUGGAUUUGUUAUGUACUCUUUGAUGGGUUUAUUGACUGAAACUAUUGAUUUGAAGACUAUAAACAGUUGGGGUAUCAUAGACAAUAUGAUGAAUAAUAAUCAUUAUGUCUAGAAGGAUGUGUUUGUAUCAACUUAUAGUUAUAAAAACCAAUCAAAUUAAAAUACGAAUAAUAGAUCUAAGAAAGAAUAUUAAUUGGAGUUAUUGAGGAAUCCCAAAAAGGAAUUUGAUAAUUAUGAAAUAGCCAGAAAUAAAAAUGGCUCUCCUUCUUAACAUCAACAAAUGCAAUAAGAAGAAUAGGAUGAACAAUAGGAAGAAAUGUAGUAAGAGGAAAAUGAGCAAAAGGUUCAAAGGUUCAGAAAAACUCAAAGGGGAUUCUCUUUCGAAAGUUUAAGUCGAUCAUAUUCCAUACCUAAACCUCCUAAAGUACCAGGAGAUACAAAUAUUAAUACAUGUUUUUCAUAUUCAAUUGUAGAGUAAUUUUAGAAUGAGAAUGGAUUUAAUAUGGUUUAUGCAUAAAAGAGGAGUGAUAGAGAAUUGAGAUUGAGAUAAGAAUAUUUUGAUCUCUGCAAAACUCCUAUGAAUAAGAUGACGAAGGAAGAGAAACUGGACUUGAGAAGAAGAAAGAAAGAAAUUAAAGAAAAAUUGCAAGAUGAUGAUAAAAAAAGGAUCUCAUUAAUUAGUCAAUAACCUGUUAAACAUAGAUACUUAAGAUUAAAGAGUGAUGUCUCAGGUAAAGAUCCAGUGAUUGUUUUCAGUCCUCUUGCUGCUGAUGAAAUAUAUAUUGCUAAAAAAUGCAUUGCUAAUAAGCUGAACAAACCUCCUAAUUAUGAUAUUCCUGAAAUCAAAGGAGAUGAUAAAUCCGUGGUUUCAGCCAAUAUGAAGAACACUGAUGAUAGCUUCUCUGUAAAACCAUUAGAGGAUUUCUCUUCAGUUUCUAAUGCUCAAGAACCAUUUAACAGAGGAGAAGGUGGAUUCUGGGUGCAUGAAAAAGAAUUCCUAAGUCUUUUUGAUUACAUUCAAAUAGCAUAUGAUCCAAAGAGAUAUAACAUGUAAGUUUUGCAAAUUCAAAGCAAUCCAGACAAUGAUAUUGCUGGUUAUGACAAUAUAGAAAUGGUAAUUGUUCAAAGAGAUCCUGAUUCUGAUGAUAAUGCAUAGGUUGCGUUUCUUGUUGGAUUUCAACCCAAAUAUUCUCAGAAUAAAGAUUUUAAUGAAUAAAUUAGGCCUUAUUCGAUGUUAUAAAGAUUUGAUUUGGAGACAUACGAGUCGAUAUUGGAUUACAAAUUGUUGAAUUAAUGUGUUAGCUCAUAGAUGCUAUUAUUAGAUAAUAAAAAUCACAUAUUCAAAAUGAAUAUAUACUCACCACUCAAUUUCACUAUGUGGUUGACAUCUAAUAAUAAAAUCAGCACUUAAAGUGUGUUUGAUUAUUUGAUUGACUAUGAAAAUUAUCAAAAAUAAUCCUUUUCAAAUUGA